AUGUUCAACGAUAGGUUUAGUUCAGCAGAUUUCGGUAGCCAUGAAAGCACUAAUUUUCAUAUUUGCCUGUUUGGCUCUGUUUUACUCAAGUUAUGCAGAACAUUGCAUGGUUAUUCUCCGUUCCGAUAUACCUGUCCGCGAUCCAGUGUACCUGAAAAUUGUGAACGGGCAGGCAGACCUUUGGGCACCGAACGGUCCAGCUCUUAUUUGGAAUUCAACAAACGAGAUAACGGCGCUCCUAUGUUCCGGAAGCAAUAACGCGUUGACGCACACGGGAUUGGCUACAAGCAGCAAGACCUGUGUAGACAGAACCACAUUCAAAGUUGAGGGAAUUCUCGCAACUUCACAAGAACUACAGUGCCGUAAUCAAAUCACCGGAGAUACAAUCAAUACGGCGCAAUCGUGUGGUGGUCGCGGUACAUUGCUUUAUUUGGGAUUCAAUUCACAAGUAUAUGGCUUCAUUUCAUACAUUCAUUCUUGCAUGGAUAUGCAACGUGCCUCUGUCCUGUGGACCAGACAUAUUCUUCCGGGUGCAGCCGUUGCCGGAUCUAUGAUUGAAUCUUCUCGUCCCGCGUGGAAGGUUGCAGGAAUGCCAUCCCAUGUUCGUCCGUCGACGUCUUACACGCAAGCUUCACAGUUGGAACGUUUAACUCAUCUGCUAGGUUCGGCAGAGCAAGCCUCCAAAUUUGUAUUUACGAAUUCGUUUAUGGCACGUGGACACAUGUCACCAGAUGCGGACGGAAUCUACAGAAGCUGGCAAUUUACAACGUACUUCUUUACAAAUGCUGUACCCAAAUGGCAGGUUGUCAAUAAUGGAAAUUGGGUUCGCGUGGAACGCGUAACACGUGAUACAGCCACUGCACUGCACGAGGACUUGGUCAUUAUUCAGGGUACGGAUGGAGUACUGACACUACCCCAUGAAGAUGGCAGAGAGAUUCCAAUUACGCUGGAAGACGGUGGCAUUGAGGCACCCCGUUGGAUCUGGAAAAUUAUCAAGUCACCAAAGUUGGAUGCCGGAAUUGCAUUUGUCACAUCUAACAACCCGUUCGAAACAGCCAUCCAUCCGACGCAGUUCGUUUGCGUGGAUGUGUGCGGUGAAACAGGCUGGGCACAGGAUGAGUUUUCCAAUUUCGCACGUGGCUAUACGUACUGCUGUGAUCCGAAUGAGCUCGUCGCUAACGUGCCGACUGCAUCCCCUGAGGGGAGCGUCGGGAGAAUUCUGCUGAGGACAAUGGUGUGAAUGUAUUGAAGUUGAAAUACGCAUUAAAAAUAAUCAAUUGGUUUGAAUGCAUACAUAAAUAAAAGGGCAUGUAUCUACUGGUGGAGAAAGUAGAAUGAACAGUUUGUAAUGCACAAUAAUGGUCAGCCAUAAAUCAUUAUCCUAAUACCUUGAAAAUGCAAAUCUUACCUUUUUGUCUUCCUCGUACACUAAGCGUACUUAACCUUCCGUAACUCGCGCGGUUGCCCACCACCGUCAGCACCACGCUAAUGCUGGACACGAAAAGCGAGAUUAUUUCAACGUGUUGUACAAAAUACAACAGCGCGAUUGCUCGAGGGUUAACUG